AUGACACACGGGACUGGACAGUUUGUGCAAUUUCAAAAGAACUCAAGCCAUCACACUGGAAUCAAGCGUUCUCCCUUUGCUGCUCUGUUUGGUGCCGAUACGAAGGUAGGAUUGACAUCAUCCAGCCUCCCCCAAGAUUUCAUUGCAAGGUUGCAAACUGAACAUGACCUCCUGUCUGCAGUAUCCCAUCCAAACCCAGUCGAGCAAUCCAGCGAGGAAGCAGAACCUGUACCAGUCUCAACCAUCUCUGUACGUCAGGAGGAAAUUAGGCUGCAGAGAGAGAGUGCCAGAGAUACCCAGUUCCAGCAGGCAGAGAGAAUGGUCAAACGAAGUCGCAUUGUGUUUUCUAGUGUGCAGAUCGGAAGCAAUGUGACGGUGCCCAUUCCUUCAGUUGACAGAGGACGUGCAGAUCCUAGGAACAUCAUCGGAGUUGUGACAGAGUGCAGUGACAACGAGUUGUAUACAAUUGCUGUAAAAGGAGGAAUAUUGGAUCGAAAGUACUCAGAAACCAAUUCGAUGUGUGUGCUACGACCUUGUAUUCACCCAAUGAUGUCUGUACAGAUAAGGACAUUUCCCCUCGUCAAGAUGCGGUGGACAAGGUGGAAGAUUGCACGACCCAUGCAAUGA